UUUUUAGUUCAGUUCACCGUAGGCUUUAAAUACGUAAAGUUUCUUCCAAUUACAUACGCGGGUGGAAUGAUCUCGUAUUGGGCGUAGGUUGACAAAGAUUAUGCCAUGUAAAUUGUUCUUAUAGUAUUUGUAAUAUGAAGAUCAAACGCUAUGCAGUGUUCGUGACUCAAAAACUGCCCAUGUCCUCAUGGACAAUUAUCUUAAUUUGGUUUUGCAUAUUGCAACCAACUUAUCCGAAAACGGAUGUUCGCGAACCAAGAGAGCAACAACACCAGCGAACGCAUCAUCAUCAGAGAAGUGAGGCGACAACAUCACUACACAGCACUGCAAACUAUAUCACAUUAAACAAGUACAAAUUCCGACACAAGUUGUACAAUGCCACCAUACCCGAGAAUAGUGUGGGCAAAACAUAUGCGAUACCACUGGCGCAUGAAGACAUUAUGGGCAUUGUCAUUAUACCGGGUGCUGAGGUCAAGUAUCGCAUCGUAGCAGGAGAUCGUGAUAAGCUAUUUAAAGCUGAAGAGCGUCUAGUUGAUGACAUUGCAUUUCUAGCAAUACGCACAAGAACUAGCAACGUUGUGCUAAAUCGAGAAAAGAAUGAAGAAUAUUUGUUGAAAGUGAGAGCAAUGAUCAAAUAUAAUCUGGGCGAUGAUUAUAUGGGUGAUGAGACGGAAACCACUAUACAUAUACGUGUAUUGGAUCGUAACGACUUAAGUCCGCUCUUCUAUCCAAUUGAAUAUUCACAAAUCGUACCGGAGGAUAUGCCAAUUCACAGGAGCAUCUUGCGUGUUACAGCCGAAGAUGCGGACUUAGGAAUUAAUGGCGAAAUUUACUAUAGUUUUCUAAUCGACAAUGAAUACUUUUCGAUACAUCCCACGACUGGAGUAAUUAUGUUAAAUAGGCAGCUAAGAUAUACAGAAAAUUCCCAUUUUAAUUUGACAGUGCUUGCGAACGAUCGCGGCUCAGCCAUUAAUCAUUACAAUCAUCAAUCGAGUAAAGCGAAAGUUUCCAUUACAGUAGAACAAGUUAAUUUACACACUCCAGAAAUAUAUUUUAAGACUUUUUCAAGUAUAACGUCGAAUUUUAGUUCUAAUAUUUAUGGUAUAGUUAAGGUCAGUGACAAUGACACUGGCAAACAUGGCGAAAUAAAUAAGUUACAAAUUGUUGAUGGUGAUCCCGAUGGAAAUUUCAUUAUUACACCAACACAUAAUGUCGGCGAAUAUUAUAUUGAAAUAAAUAAAUUUGCAAAACUAAAUGAUUCCAUAAAAUAUAAUCUCACGUUGCGAGCCGAAGAUAAAGGAGUGCCCAUGCGGCACUGCUAUAAAACCAUUCCAGUAAACUUCAUUAAGGAACGAAAUAACGCACCAGUAUUUACUAAGCAUUUAUAUGAAAUCUCAAUACCCGAAACAUCGCCACCAAAUAUGCCCGUCAUAAGGCUGAAAGUGACUGAUCCCGAUUUAGGCAAGAAUGCAAUGGUCUAUUUGGAGAUAGUGGGCGGCAAUGAAGGCGGUGAAUUUAGAAUAAAUCCCGAUUCAGGCAUGUUAUACACUCAAAAACCACUCGACGCCGAAAGCAAAUCCUUCUACACACUCACUGUCUCCGCCAUCGAUCAAGCUAAUCUCGGUUUCCGCAAGCAAUCAUCGGCUAAGGUGAAAGUAAAUAUUCAGGAUAUGAAUGAUAAUGACCCGAUUUUCGAACCGAUGAAUACAACCAUCGAAUUAGAUGAAAAUGAAAUGGCUGGCACUUUUGUUGUUAAAUUAACAGCGCGAGACAAAGACAGUGGCGAGAAUGCAUACAUAUCAUAUAGUAUAGCUAAUCUGAAUGACGUACCUUUUGAAAUUGACCAUUUCACAGGUGAAUUGAAAACAACUACUUUAAUCGACUACGAAACCAUGAGGAGAUCAUAUGUGCUCAGCAUACGCGCAUCAGAUUGGGGACUGCCGUAUCGACGCCAAACCGAGCUUGAGCUACAAAUCAAAAUUAGAGAUAUCAACGAUAAUCGCCCACAGUUUGAGCGUGUCAAUUGCGUCGGUAAAGUUAUGCGGAAUAUACCAGUUGGCACGGAAAUAUUUACACUUUCGGCCAUAGAUUUCGAUGCUGGCGAUUUCAUAACCUACCGCCUCAUAUCGGGAAAUGAAGAUGGCUGCUUUAAUCUUGAUCCCACUACAGGCAUACUAUCGAUAGGUUGUGACUUGGCUGAUAUCACCGUAUCAACGCGCAAUAUAAAUGUGUCCUCCACCGAUGGCACACAUUUUUCUGAUGAAAUGAACAUUGCAAUUGAAAUAGUGGGCGAUGAGAAAAGUGGAUUUAUGGAACAUAUCGAUAUGUUCAACGGGUAUGGUAGCUUUGAAUGUCGUGAAACUGGUGUUUCCAGACGUCUGGCAGAGAAUUUGGCGGCAGCCGAACGCAAUAAUGCCAAUGUUCACGAAAAUACCUUCAUAAACGAUCUGGGACUGACGCCGAGCCGUUAUGGCGAGAACAUACAUGCACCGGAAUUUAUAGACUUCCCACGAGAACUACGACUGAACGAGAGCAUUGAGUUGGGUGAGACCGUGAUGUGGAUAAAAGCUAGGGAUCGCGAUUUAGGUUACAAUGGCAAAUUGGUGUAUGGCAUAUCUGACGGUGACAACGAUUCGGUAUUUCGCAUUGAUCCUGAUAGUGGCGAGCUGCAAAUAAUUGGCUAUCUCGAUCGGGAGCGGCAAGAUGAAUAUGUGCUAAAUAUAACUGUUUACGACCUCGGACAGCCACAGAAAUCUCAAUCGAAAUUGUUACCCGUCUUUAUAUUAGAUAGCAACGAUAAUCGCCCGGUUUUCCAAAAAUCUCUUGCAACCUUUCAUCUUCCAGAGAAUGCAUUUAAUGGUACAUUGAUAUUUUGCCUAAAUGCAUCCGACGCAGAUAUCGAGGAGAAUGCCAAAAUUACCUACAUAAUGCAGACUGAGACAAGAGAUUUUUUCGUCAAUACUACCACCGGUUGCAUAUAUUUGACAAACGCGUUGGAUCGUGAAAAGCUGGACAAGUAUGAAUUACACAUACUAGCCAAGGAUAAUGGCGAAGCACCGCUCACAGCGGAAGCAGUAAUAAAUAUACUGGUAGAGGAUAUUAACGACAAUGCACCAAUAUUUGGUGUACAAGAAUUCAUAUUCAAAGUACGUGAGGACAUUCCGCGCGGCACUGUGGUGGCAGCAAUCGAAGCGACCGAUAUCGAUAUCGGGCCUAAUGGUGAAAUAUAUUUCUCGAUCAAAGAAGACCUCGUCGUUGAAGAACUUUUCAAAAUCGACAAACACACUGGCGUUAUAAGGACAUUGGGCUAUCUGGAUUACGAGAAACGACAAGUACAUAAUUUGAUUGUGAGCGCCAUAGAUCGCGGCACACCGUCUUUAACAAUGGAUAUGCCUGUUGUGAUCGAGAUCAUUGAUGUGAACGAAAAUCGGUUUGCGCCCGAAUUCGGUGAUUUUGUAUACACAGGAAAGGUGAAGGAAAAUCUUCCAGAACGCAGUUUCGUAAUGAAUUUAACCGCAAAAGAUGCCGACACAAACGGACCAGACUCAAAGAUUUCCUAUAGCAUAAGAGGCGGCGAUGGUCUGGGAGUGUUUGCGGUGAAUGAUGAAGGUGUUAUACGCACAUUGUCGCACUUGGAUGCUGAAACAAAAUCCAGUUACUGGCUUACGCUUUGCGCUCAAGAUCACGCAAUUAUACCGCUAAGCAGUUGUGUACAGGUUAAUAUUCAGGUGGAGGAUGAGAACGAUAAUGUGCCGUUAACUGACAAACCAGUCUAUUACGUUUCUGCUUUGGAAGGUAGUCCAGAGAAUACGCCAGUCAUUCAAUUAAAUGCUUACGACAAUGACAAAAAUCCAGCUCAGUUCUUUACUUAUCGCAUAACGUCUGGAAAUCCGGAAGGUUUCUUCGAACUGAAUUCAACCACAGGUGAUUUAACGACAACGGAAAGAAAAUUAGAUAGAGAAAACCAAGCUGAGCAUAUUCUAGAGAUCUCCAUUUCCGAUAACGGCACUCCAGCUCUUACAUCAACUACGAGAGUUGUUGUUUCAGUCGAAGAUAUAAACGAUCAUAGUCCAGAAUUCGAGCAGCGGUUUUACAAAAUUCAAGUACCAUCGACUCUGGCCUCCAACGAAACAGUUUUCCAGGCGCGCGCCAUAGACAAUGAUAUCGGCGAUAACGGGCGUAUCACUUAUUAUAUCAAAUCCGGAAAAGGCAAGAAUCGCUUUCGCAUGGACCCUGACACAGGCUUCAUUUAUUUGAUGAAACCACUUGAAACCGAUGCAGAAUAUGAUUUAAAUAUACGCGCCGAAGAUAAUGGAAAUCCGAAACGUAGCCAAAAUGCCAAACUGAAUAUAGUUGUUAUAACGAUUUCAACAAAUUCCCCACACGCACCUACCAUAAAGGCGGACGAUAGUCGCAUUGAUGUGACAGAAAGCGAUCGGCCAGGCUUUUUGGUUGCACUCGUGCAGGCGUCUGAUGAAGACAACGACCAUCUGUGGUACAACUUGACGGGUGGAAACGAACGCAAUGAAUUCUACAUCGGCAAGGACAAUGGCCACAUUUUACUAUCGAAAAGCUUAGAUCGUGAAACACAGGCCUCGUACAAUUUGACCGUCAGCGUUACGGAUGGCACACAUAUCGUUAACACUAACCUGUAUAUACGCGUUGUCGACAUCAACGAUAAUCGUCCGCAAUUCACACAAGAUAUGUACUAUGUAAAUAUAUCGGAGAAUAUCGAGGAGGAAGCUAUCAUUAUGCAGCUGCAUGCAACCGAUAAAGAUGAGGAUAAUAAAAUUUUUUACACUCUACACGCCGCACAAGAUCCUUCAUCGCUCUCAUUAUUUCGCGUAGAUUCCAUCAGUGGAAAUAUACUGGUCACACAACGUUUGGAUUACGAAAAGAAUAGGCAUCAUACAUUAAUAGUGAUCGCAAAGGAUCAAGGUACACCAGCUAAGCGAAAUUAUGCGAAAAUCGUGAUAACCGUACACGAUCAUAAUGACCAUCAUCCAGAAUUCAUGAGCAAAAUCGUGCAAAGCAAAGUGCCAGAGAGUGCGGCGAUCGGCUCGAAAGUGGCCGAACUUACAGCAUUAGACUUGGAUAGUGGAAAAAAUGCUGAAGUGAAAUAUUCCAUUAUAACUGGGAAUGUGGGGAAUACUUUCGAGAUGGAUCCAACAAUGGGCAUAGUUACACUAUUAAAGAGCUUGAAUAUUAACAAAAUGCAAGAGUAUAUGUUGCAAAUAAAGGCCACAGAUCUCGGUGAACCGCCACUGUCCUCACAAAUGCCAUUACACAUUAUUGUAACAAUGUCCGAAAAUGAUCCUCCCAUCUUUAUGGCGCCGCUAAAUGUCAUCGAAAUUUAUGAAAGUAUUCCCAUUGGUACAUUUGUUUGUCAAGUGGAAGCGCGUUCAUCGUCAUCUGUGUUCUAUGAAGUGGAGGACGGUGAUGAAGGUGAUCGCUUUCGUAUUAAUCCCUCGACAGGUGUAAUAACAGCGAAUGACAUAAUUGAUUAUGAGAAAAAUAAAUCCUUUAAUCUCACAAUUAUUGCAACAAAUAUGGCAUCAGCUACUUCCACUCACAAUAUUGUUAUACACAUUUUAGAUAUUAACGAUAAUGAGCCAUUUUUUGAAAAAACUGAAUACAGAGGCACUAUUUCGGAGAUCGCUAAAGUUGGUUCCUUCGCAUUUCAAAAAAAUGAUUCACAAAAGAGACCCCUACUCAUCACAGUAAGCGAUUUGGAUGAGGGCGUAAACAGCAUGAUUGAAUUUGCCAUUUUAAACAAUCAAGCAAAAGAAUAUUUCGAAAUCGAUUCCUCUACGGGCGCUGUUAAACUACUUCAGCAAGUGGACUAUGAAAAAAAGAAAUAUUUUCGCUUUGACGUAAUGAUCAACGAUUUGGGCGCACCAAAAUUAUAUGCCAAAUAUCACUCAACUAUACAUAUCGAUGUUGAAAAUAUCAAUGAUUGCCCUCCGGUUUUCGUAAAAAACUACAUGAAUGUCACCCUGUAUCAACCUACAUAUGAAAAUAUCAUAUUAGCCGUAGUAAAUGCAACCGAUGCAGAUUUGGAUGAAAAUACCAAGAUACGAUAUGACAUUAUUGACGGAAAUGCAGACGACUGUUUCGAGAUUGAUGCUACAACAGGCAUCGUAACGACCAGAGAUGUAGCGCAUUUGGAUACUUUUUAUACGUUACAUAUUAGAGCUUCGGAUGGUCUAUAUUCGGCAAUUGCACAAAUUGACAUAAAUAUUGAAACCUUAUCCACACCUGGCUUUUUAUUCCAAAAAACAUUUUACACAUUUUCUACAAUCGAAAAUUCUUCCAAGAUCGUCACAGUCGGAUUGGUUAAUGUUAUUGGCAAUCUACUGCAUGAAAAUAUCGAAUUCGCGAUUUUAAGUCCCACAAAAAUGUUUGUCAUCGGCAAAACAUCGGGUGCCAUCAAAACGACGGGUUUACCCUUUGACCGCGAAAGCCAAGAUACAUACACAAUAGUGGUGGAAGCGCGUUCUUUACUGUUAUAUGAGAAAUUCAAGCAAAUGCGACGUGCGGUUGUGCGUGUCGAAAUUUCCAUACUCGAUGUGAAUGAUAAUUGUCCUAUAUUCGUUAAUUUGCCAUAUUAUGCCACACUAUCGGUUGAUGACGCCAAAGGUACCGUGAUAACCAAGGUUAAAGCAGUGGACCUGGACAGCUAUGAAAGUGGUGAGGUGCGAUACGAAAUGAAAAAAGGAAAUGGCGAGCUGUUCAAAGUGGAUCGCAAGUCGGGCGAAUUAGUGCUCAAACAAGGUAUUGAUGGUAGUACGAGAGUUUACGAUUUGAUUAUCGCCGCCUAUGAUGGUGCGAUCUCACCUUGUUCCACGGAUGCGGCGGUUAACAUAAAGGUUGUUGAUCGCUCAAUGCCAACUUUCGACAAACAAUUCUACUCCGAUGUCGUUAAAGAAAAUGCAGAAUUGUUCUCAGCGCUCUCCAUAGCAAUACAGGCCGAAAGUCCACUUAAACGAAAGUUAAUUUACACAAUAUCCAGCGGAAAUGAGGAUGAAGUAUUUGAAAUAGACUAUAGAACUGGCGUUAUUUAUAUCGUAAAUGAGUUGGAUUAUGAAACAAAGCAAAGCCACGAAUUCAUGGUGCGUGCAACUGAUUCCUUAUCAGGCAUCUAUGCCGAGGUAACGGUGUCAAUAGUUGUCGAAGAUGCUAACGAUUGUUAUCCAGAGAUCGAACAAGACAAUUACAAUAUUACCAUAUCUGAGAAUUUGGUGAUUGGCUCACAAAUUAUGAAAGUUAACGCUUCGGAUUGUGACGCGAAUGCAAAUAGUGAUUUAUCGUAUUUCAUUGAUAGUGUCGAUGGCAAAAAUAAAUCUGAAUUAUUUUACAUUGACAUGACAGAGGGAUAUCUCUAUUUGAAAAGUAAUUUAGACGCCGAGGAAAGUACCCUUCAUCACAUUAUUUUGGUUGUGAAAGACCAUGGCACACCAUCAUUAAGUUCAAGAGCAAAUAUAUGGAUUACGGUAAAAGAUCUGAACGACAAUUUCCCCAAAUUUACGGAAGCUUCCUUCUCAUGCCGUUUAUCAGUGAAUGCUCAGCGCGGUCAAUUUGUAAUCAAUGCAAAAGCCUACGAUCCCGAUCACGAGGAUAACGACAGACUUAAGUAUCGAAUUAUCGAUGGCAAUGAGUUGCAAACGUUUACAAUUAACGAAAAUAACGGGAUUAUAACAUUGCAAAAUAUGCAAAAUUUCACUGACCAUCACCAGACUUUGUUAAACGUCUCUGCCAGUGAUGGCGUUCAUACGACUUAUGCCAGAGUUAAGAUUAUACUCAUGCCGGAAAAUAAUCAUGCACCCAAAUUCCUGAAAUCAGUCUAUGAGGCGAAAGUGAAGGAAAAUGAGUCUGCUGGAAAACAUAUUGUUUUGCUUCAAGCAUAUGACGCCGACUUCGGCCGAUUUGCGAAACUCACUUAUGACCUGGUCUCGAAAGAAUUCAAAGAGUAUUUUGAAAUCGAUAGCGGGAAUGGAUCGAUUAUAACAAAGGUAGCAUUUGAUCGGGAGCAACGUGCUUUCUAUGACGUAUUAGUAAGGGUCUCCGAUGAAGGUGGCAAAGCGGAUUUUGCGCUAUUGAAAAUUAAAAUUGAAGAUGUGAACGACAACAGCCCACGCUUCAUGGUUAAGGAGUACAAACUUGUUGUUAAAGUCAAUACACCAACUAAUACAACACUUUUAAAGGUAAAAGCUUUCGAUAUGGAUGAUAAUGACAAUGCGGGCCUAACGUACACAAUCGAUGAAUCGACAGUAUCUGAAACUUACAAAGACAUAUUCACGAUCAACGAGAUCGAUGGCAGUUUGAGCCUUAUGAGACCUGUAACAGAUCUUGCCAAUAACGUUGCGCAAUUUUUUGUACGCGCCAUGGAUGGUGGAAGUCCACAAUUUCAUAUUGAUGUACCUGUUACAAUACAGUUCAUCAGUCCCGAUGUUACAAUGCCUGAAUUCGAGAAGAAUUCUUUUGAGCUGCACGUUUUAGAAUCGACGCCACCAGGUUCAGUUUUAACAAAACUUCGUAUAUCCGGAAAUUACUCUGUGAAAUUUUCAAUACCCAUUGAAAGUCGAAAAUUUUCAAUUUCCGAACUUGGUGAGGUGAUCCUCAUGCAGACGCUCGACCGGGAGUUGAACGAUGUUCACUAUAUGAUUGCCAUGGCUGAAACGGAAACAAUCCCGCCUUUAUUCACAUUUUGUGAAAUCUACCUCCAUGUGCUGGAUGAAAACGAUAAUUCACCUAAGUUCGAUAGUCGCGAAUAUAAUGUUAAUGUUGGCGAAAACAUUGACAAAGUCGCUUCGAUUAUCAAAGUCACGGCUACGGACAUAGAUACGGGUUCGAAUGGUGAUAUACGUUAUUAUUUGGAGGAUGAAACAAAUACCGCAUCGAAUGUUUUCGAUAUCGAUAUCUACACAGGUUGGAUCACAUUGCUGAGCACUUUGGAUCGGGAAACCCAAUCAGAAUACCACUUCAAUGUGCUGGCCACCGACAACGGUCAACCGAAACAUGUUUCUAAAGUACCUGUGACCAUCAAAAUCAUCGAUUACAAUGACAAUCCUUCCGUAUUCAAUCAGGACAAAUUCGAAAUAUCAGUAAAUGAGAAUGCGCUGCCCGGCACCAUAUUGAAAUAUUUCCUAAUAACCGAUCUUGAUGCCGAGAAAAGCAUAACCAGCUAUUACAUAAUGAGUGGUGAUAAGUUUUCUCAAUUCCAAAUUGGCAAAACCGGCGAACUCUUUGUAGCUAAACCGUUGGAUAGAGAGGCAAUACCAGCGUAUUACUUAAAUGUACUUGUAACGGAUGGAAAGUUCGUGUCCACCACAGAGGUUGCUAUAACGGUGCAAGACGUGAAUGAUAAUGUGCCAAUUUGCAUGACACCACGUUACAAUUUGAAAAUAAAUGAAUCAGUAAUGACGGGCACCCCACUAAUUCAAAUCGAGGCGUUGGAUAUAGAUGAGAAUGCGAGCAGCCAACUGCGUUACUAUUUGACGGGUAAUCGCUCGGACGAUUUCUUUAUCGAAAAAGAUACCGGCACCUUGCGGGUAGCCAAAUCGAUUGACCGAGAAAUACAUGCCAAAUAUUUAUUAACAGCGCAUGUGCAAGAUGGUCAAGAACUGUUACAGCAAUGCACUUCAGAGUUAAUUAUCAAUGUCAAUGAUCUCAACGACAACCGACCAGAGUUCUCUAUGGCGCAGUAUAUUGUUAGCAUACCAGAGGAUGCGCCUGUCGGCACUAUCGUGACCAAAGUGCAUGCGACUGAUAAAGAUUUCGGCAUGAAUCGAAAGGUUAUUUACUCCUUUGUCGAAGAGCAGUCAAUUUUUAGUAUAUCGCAUUCCAGUGGCAUUAUAAAGCUCUCGAAGAGUCUAGAUCGUGAAAGCAUUUCAAUAUUCAAUAUUUCCAUUAAAGCCGUAGACUGUGGCAAUCCGAAACUGUUAUCGAUAACAAGGCUCAUAAUCAACGUACUCGAUAUUAACGAUAACCCACCAGAAUUCAGCACAAAGGAGUAUAGGACGUAUGUGUACGAGAAUGCCACACAAAAUUCAGAAGUUGUGCGCAUUUUCGCAACCUCGAAGGAUAUCGGCGUCAAUGCAGAUGUCCUGUAUUUCAUUGUAGGUGGUAAUGAGCAUAACAAAUUUAGUAUCGAUUCAAAGACGGGCAGCAUAUUUGUGAAUGAUGAAUUGGACUACGAACGCACAAAGGCAUACUUUCUAACGGUGCAAGCGAUCGACGGUGGCACUCCGCCGCUCAGUAACAUUGCAUCCGUAAAUAUAUCCGUAUUGGAUGUGAAUGAUAAUCGGCCGAAAUUUACGCAGAACAUGUACCGUGCGAAGGUGCGUGAAGACGCGCCCAAAAUGCAAAAGAUACUGCAAGUAUUGGCUACCGACGCGGAUGCGGGACAAAAUGGCAUUAUACGUUAUAACAUUGAGCGUGGCGAUCACUUAAAUCAAUUCGCCAUUGAAGACUUCUCCGGUCAGAUAAUUGUCAUAAACGCACUCGAUCGUGAGUUAAAUGCAAAUUAUUUGCUGGAAGUAAAGGCAUGCGACAAUGGCGUCCCCGAGCUGUGCAACUACGUGCGCAUCUAUGUGGACAUAUUAGAUGUGAAUGACAAUCCGCCGCUCUUCCGCCAGCAAAAUUACAGUGUGGUGUUGCAGGAGAAUAAACAGUUAGGCUACAACGUGCUGCUUUUCGAAAUCACCGACGCCGAUGAUGCGCCUAAUGCAGCGCCCUAUACGUUCGAUCUGCGCAGCGGAAACGAUGGUGGGUUCUUUCGCAUCGAACAAGAUGGCUUGCUACGCACUGCGGCACAUUUUAAUCACAAAAUCUGCGAUAUAUACACGCUGCAAGUGCGCGUCUUCGACAACGGUACCCCACCGCUCUAUUCGGAUGCUUGGGUGCAUGUACGCAUUAUCGAGGAGAGUCAAUAUCCGCCCGUCAUAACGCCUUUGGAGGUAACAGUGAAAUCUUAUGACGAUGACUAUAUAGGCGGUUUUCUAGGACGUGUGCACGCCAGCGAUCAGGACAAAUAUGACAAUUUGUUAUUCGCACUGACACCCACCAACGGUGAGGCGUUCGUGACCAAACAACUCUUUAACAUAUCCCAAAAUAACGGAUCGCUAUAUGCAAUCAGCAAUCUCGAUGUUGGCAUGUAUCGCAUCAAUGUAACAGUCACAGAUGGUAAGUUCACGGCACACGCAAUUGUUAAACUGAAUGUUGAGCUAAUAACGGGCGAUAUGACACGUAACGCAGUCGUUAUAAGUUUUCGCAAAGUUACACCCGAAGCAUUUAUUCUGAGUCAUCGCAAAGGUUUCAUACGCGCAUUGCGCGCUAUAUUGCGCUGUCGUCAGAAGGACAUCACCAUAAUCGCAAUACAAAUAGUCUCCAGCUAUCCCACAUACAAGGAGCCACACGACUCGGAAAGUGUUAUGUUGGAGCGAAGUAAGCGCCAAGAACCUACGGCUGCAGAUAAUUUAAAUGUUUUAUUUGCCGUACGUAAGCAACAAAUUACGCCCAGCUCCGAGGAGUAUUUCACCACAACCGAAGUGCGUGCUGUGCUGGUGAAUUUCAUAGAUGACAUUGAAGAUGCUACCAAUCUGGUUGUUGAAGAGAUACUGACACUCACCUGCGCGCGUAAUAUUUGCGCGCAAGGCGAGUGCUUCAAUCGCAUACGUCUCAAUAAGCGCCAACUGAAUACGUACUCAACAGAUGUGGCCAGCUUCGCGUCGCCCACUUACAAGCAUGCCAAUGAAUGCCAAUGCAAGCAAGGUUACGGCGGUCGCAUCUGCAAUGAGCCGAUCAAUGCUUGCUCGUCGGAUCCGUGCCCGCCGGAGAAAACAUGCUGGCCUGCCAACACAACUAUCGGCUACCAGUGUAUUUGUCCGCAAGGUUAUACGGGUCACUCCUGCGAAAGCAAAUCGACUUUAACAAAAUGUCAGCACGGUAAUUGCAGCUCACGAUUUAAUUCGGUAUCUUUUAGCGGUAAGAGCUAUGCUCAUUAUAAAAUCAAUAAGGCCGCAGCGAAAACUAUACUGGAGCAAGAGUUUGUCUAUUCGUUGAAGAUACGCACCGUGCAGCAAACGGGCACGUUGCUUUUCUCAAGCGGACGCAUCGAUUAUCACACAUUGGAGAUCUUUAAUGGCGCCGUGCAAUAUCGCUUCGAGCUGGGUUCGGGCGAGGGCAAAAUAUGUGUAUCAAGCAUUUACAUCGCUGACGGCGAAUGGCAUACUAUCACGCUGGAACGUAUACUGAACAGCGCCAAACUGACCGUGGACAAUAAGCAUGUGUCGCAGGGUAGCGCGCCGGGUGUCAACGGUAUUCUCAACAUACAAUCGAAUGAUAUUUUCGUGGGGGCCGAAGUAAAACCACAUCCCUCCAUAAUCGGUUUCGAAGAUAUACAAAAGGGCUUCAUCGGUUGCAUGUCAGAUAUUAAAAUUGCACUUGAACCACUACCGCUGUAUAUAUCGGGUGGUAGCUCGGUGGCGGCUCUGAAACGCUUCACAAACGUCGAGUUAACUUGUGAUCCAGCGAGUGUGCUUGUACAAUUGGGAAUUUGUGGCGCACAGCCUUGUCUCAACGGGGGCAUCUGCAUUGAUUUGGGUGAGAAUAAAUUCAAGUGCACUUGUCAUGCACGCUUCACUGGCCAAAUGUGUGAGAUGGAUAUGGAUCCGUGUGCCUCAGCGCCCUGUCUGUUUGGUGGACGAUGUGAAAUGCACAAGCUGGGCAAUUACAGCUGCGCGUGUCCACUGCAUUUAUCGGGCCGACGCUGUGAAUAUGGCAAAUACUGUUCACCCAAUCCAUGUAAGAAUGGAGGAGUUUGCGAGGAGGGUGACGGCACGCCUCAUUGCAUGUGUCGUGGCUAUACGGGACCCACUUGUGAAAUCGAUGUGAAUGAAUGUGAUAAUCAUCCGUGUGGCAAUGGCGCCACCUGCAUCAAUGAAGCGGGCAGUUUUCGGUGUAUUUGCCCAUCUUACCUCACAGGCGCUAGUUGUGGCGAUCCACUAUAUUCCAAUUCGAUUUCUACCAAGUUAAAGAAUCUGUCAAUGGAGCAGCUAGCAGGCAUUGUUGUGGGCAUAGUGUUCAUUAUUAUUGUUAUACUUGUUGCCUUCUGUUGUAUAGUCAUUCGGAAGAGCAGCAAUUCAAGUGGCCAAAAUUCAACCAAUAAAGAUCCGUACAAAGGAGAUAAUUUGAAUUCUCUCGUCUGUAAGGAGAAGUAUGCCAAGAAUAUCGCUAAGAUGAGUAAUUUGGAGAUAAAUCAGCGUCCAAUGAGUUACACGGCAUCGACAAAUGAUAAUUUAUAUUCCGGUCACACAACCUUCGUGAAUAAUUUAGACAUAUUGCGCAGCUACGGAUCGGCGGGCGAUGAACUAGAAAACAUUCCAUUCGAAUAUCAAAAAAUCAAUCGCAACAAUGAGCAUGUAAAUCUAAACGAUUCUGAUCCUAUACAAAAACGCGACUGGGCCGAGCAAAUGCAUUUGAAGACAUUUAGUGAGAAUAAGCUUAACAAUGAAAAAAUCGAUUAUACCGCUUUAAAAACCGGUUGUAGCAAAAUGAUACAAGUAACGGUGCCAAAUGUAUGUCACUCACCUUACACCGAUUAUCCACCGGUGAACCACGGUCAAUAUCAUUGGGACUGUUCGGAUUGGGUACGAAAAAGCCAUAAUCCAUUACCGGAUAUUACUGAGGUACCUGGUGCCGAAAUUGCUGAUUCGUCGAGCUUCCAUAGUAAUGAUAGCAAUGAAUCUAAGCCAAUGCGUACCUAUGCAGUACAAAAUAUGUGCGUCGGUGUUGAUCCUACACGAGAUAUUGUGACUUUAAAUGAAGACUUAACAUCCGAGUGCAUCGACUCCGAGCUAGAGAGUUGUAUGCGUCCUUUCGAACUGCCGCUUAUUAAUAAUGACGAUGUUUCAAGACUGAGCCCCCAAAUUAAGUUUGAGAAUGAAGACUUCAUUACAAAUCCAGUGCCUUCAACAUAUGAUCCUAUGAACUCAUGUAACGCAUACUUACGGCAUCCAGAUUCAUAUUUGCCUCCAUUUAAUGUACCCAGUGAAACUGAAGGUGAAUGUUCAAGUACUGAGGUAUUUUCGAAAGCCACCAGUGAAAUGCUGCCCAGAAGAAAACUAAGUGACAAGUCGGAAGAAAUUUAUGUGUUCAGAAAUCUUCACUCGAAAAAUGGAUCAAAUAGCGACCUCUCAGUUCACUUGUGUGAAAUUGAAGAUUCCGAAUUAGAGGAAUUUUUACCAAACUCAUCAAAAGACGUUAAUAAUAGAUAGAAAAAGUGAGAUCCUUCGAUCGCGAAUGGCAUUUAAUUGUAUAAAAAGAAAUAUUUUUAUAAGAUCUUCAUACUUAAAAAAAAUGAAACAAAAAAUAAAUAAAUAACGGUUAAAUGUUUUU